AUGGCUCUCCGUAGAAAGUUUAUGUCUGCUGCAUGGAAAUUUGUUUUUUUUAGUACAUCGUUCUGUCUUGGAGCCCAUGCUCUUUCUCAAGAUACGUGGUGGAGGUCGCCUGAAGACUAUUUUCUAGGUUGGCCUAACCAUCCAAUGAAUGCCGAUCUCAAAGUAUACUAUGUCACGGGAAUCGGGUGCUCGCUUUAUACCUUUGUGAUGCUAUUUAUCGAUCGUAUGUCUUUCAAAGAUACUAUGGUGAUGAUUUUACAUCACUGCGCAACCCUUUUUCUUUUAUUGAUGAGCUAUAUAUACGGUUGCCAUCGUGCUGGAGCUGUUGUGUUGACUCUUCAUGAUGCGUCUGAUCCUAUCAUGGAACUUGCCAAAAUGAGUCUGUAUACUGGACGAAAAAAGUGGGCAGAUGUACUCUUUGUUCUUUAUGCAACCACGUUUAUUAGUACCAGGCUGAUCGUGUAUCCUUUGUAUGUUGCGUCGAGUGUUCGAAAAUACGCCUAUUGGACGGAUGGUAGCGAAGUUCCUACCUAUUUCCUGCACUAUGCUUUUGAGUACUUGCUGUGGACACUCCAAUUUCUUCACAUCUAUUGGGGAUAUCUAAUUUUUAACAUGCUGGUACAGGCCAUUUUUAACAAAGGUGUGAGUGACGACGUGCGAAAUAAAACAGAUUGA